AUUUAGAAUUUCGCAAAGUAAUUCGAUAAUUAUGUGUAGCUUGGUGACUUGAUUAUACCAAGGAUCAGUCACGAUGAGUCGCCGAAAAUAUUGGACGAAAUCCUGAACUACAUACCACCAGCGUCAGAAGGUGGACAAACAACGCGUCGUAAAUUUGUAGAAUCUGUUCUCAAGACGAUCAGAAAGUCGCAAAUAACUGGAUCACACGCAAACUCGCUGGUUAAUCGGAUUAUCCAGGACUUUCCCAAGUUCAGUAAAUUGCAGCUUAUAAAAUUAGUUGAAUACUGUCUAAGCAGUAUCCGGAACAAUGAUGAUGACUUUUAUUCUUGGAAAGAUAUACUGCCGAUAUUGCUGCAGGUUUUGGAAGAAGAAAAAUACAUCAACUACAAAGGUUCUGAAGUAUCAGGAACCCAGUACAAAUCUCUGAUAGUAAAAUCAAUCUGCAACCAGGACUGGGAGCCAACGAUUCUCACACCGCUGACAAAAAUGUUCAGCGAGAUCCAGAUGGAGCCAGUGGACCACACGUUAGUGAUUCGUGCGAUUUGUGACCAAGUCCCGCAGCUAAACCACAACGAACUUCCACCUCUGAUCCACCAGCUCCUGAAGCUCAGCAGAAACCAGGACUGUAAGCUAGUAAUAAACACCCUGCAACAGUACUUUUCAUUUCUAUACUCUCAGGCCCUCGAGGACAGUCCCAACGCUUUCGACUGCGAAAGUAUCGGACAAGUGAGCAAAAAAGAAGUUCAAGACACCGAAAGUACUGUUCUCUACCACAUCCGCCAGUCUGUCUCUCUGAACCAUUCCAGCCUGAAGGACUUCCUACGUAACUUAAAGAACGUAACAAACGCACCUGAGUUCAUCCUCGACCCCUUUCCCAUGUCAGUCCUCCUCCUCGUCACCGACAUCUACGAGGACCAGAUAUUCGACGUAAUAAAACUCGCCCUUACUCGCAAGCUCCAGGACGACGAGAAGCGUAAAUCUGUCCACUGGCUCCGCGAAAUCCUGCCUUCGGAUCUCCAGCCUAUGGACGUUAUCAACCAAAUAAUCGACAACAGCACUAAAGACCGGCAUUUAGUGCUUAAAGGGCUAGUAGACCUCGCCUUCGUCCUUUUAGAAACAAAGUCCAAGGUCCAGGACCCCGAGGAAUACUCUCUCCAUGACAUCGGGAACAAAAUCUUACAGAAAUUGCUGAAAAAACGCCACGAAAUCGGGACCACUGUCCUUCAAAUUCUCACUAAAAAAAUAAUCGCUGGCGGUAAUGUCGUCACACAAUUCACCGAGUGCCUUUCGUACAUGUGUCGCAGAACGACUUUAAUCGUUCUGGAGUCCCAGGUUUGGAUCACGACGCUCCUGGAGCAGCUUCUUUUAAUUCCCGGAGAAUCAGCGACUCAAGUUCUGCUGGCGACUCUUCCUUUGAUCCGAACCUCCACGAGCAUUCGCGACACACUUGUUCUUAUUUUACGCAAAGCACUUUAUCGCAAAGGAGUUCAGACCAGGCAGAUGGCGAUCACCGGGUUCCUGCAGUUCCUAAUCAACCUCAAGAUCACACCGUUCAGUCUCAGUCAGAGUUCAUCCAGCACGGCCAAUUCUAGCAGCUCUAGUUCUAUUUACACGCAGGCAACUAUUGAGAGACCGAGUCAGCGACCUAAUGUGAGACACAAUGCUGCGUUUUGCCAUGAAAUUUUGAGCAUCUUGACCAGGUGUCUCUGUCAUCAAGUGGAAGUCCGUCAGCACUUGUACAAGGGACUCUGCACAGUUGUAUCGCAGAAUCCUGAGCUGGCUGAAAAUGUCAUCGACAUGCUGAUGACUCAUUUCAUGGAGUACUACGAGUCAGACGAAGCUGUGAAACCAGCGAUUAAGUUUGACCUCUGCUGCAACGUAAAUGGUCCAGAAGCGGUUUUGGUUGAACCAAUUGGUGAUUUGCUGUACGCGUUGCAGAAAAUUUACUGCGAAGUCGCUAUGAAGGAGCUGGCUGCUAUCGACAAGCUCAGCAUGAUUUUGGAGUCGUUGUGUCGCAGAAUGCCAAAUACUGAACUGGAAGAACUGGGCUUGGAUGACAACACUGAUCUUCUGGACAAUAUUCCUAAGGCACAGCAGAAAGUAUUCUCGCUAAAGUUGACUAUUCUUGUUCUUGAGUCGCUGAUUGCUUUUAGGAUUAAUUCCUGGUCCCCUCAAGGGCAACAUGUCGCGCAGAAUGUUACGAGUUUGUUUAAAUCUAUGACGGAGAUGGUGAACUUUAGCAAGAAGGUUGCGAAGCCUAAAAAGGCUGAGGGUAAGGGUAAAAAGGACAAGAAUCCUAAUGAUACUACUUUUAAGAAACCGAGGGGACGACAGGCCGGUAUUAAGUUGUUUCCUACGAUAAUGGACAUUCAGACGAUCAGAAAGAUGAUUUGUUUGCUGUAUGAUGAAAAUAUUGUUUGGGCGACAAGGGAGCAAGCGAAUGUGCUGAAGAAACGAGUCGAGUUCCAUAAUUACACGCUCAGAACUUCAGUCCAGAUAUUUCAUGCUACCAAAGCUCUCCCGGUUUACGAGCUCAAGAAACAUGAAGAGAAGUUUAUUAAGGAUUACUUUGACGUGGGGGAGAUUGUUUAUAAGAAGAUUGUUUGCGACUUUGAUACUGUCAGAGAGAUUGGAGAAGAAACGGCUAUUUUGGGGCUAGAGUGCUUCAAAGAGCUCUGUGAUUUGAUGGCUACUACUUUUAACAGCGAGCUGGAGGCUUUCUUGACUAAAUUAUGUGAUGAAGAAGGAAAUUUGAUUGCGAAAGUCAGUAAGAUAAUUUCAACGCUGCAAAUUUUAAUACAGACCCACUUUGAUGAGGAAUUGGAAGAACAAGAAGCGACGAAAAAAAUUCCGCUGACUUUGUUUGAGAUUAUUUCGGUGCUGCUUAAUAAAAUAUAUUUUAACAACACUAAGUUGGAUAAGAUAUUCGAUUGGUUAAAACAGAUGUCCAAGUCAAACAAAACGCUAGAUCCCGCAAUAUCUGUAAUAAUACUGCAAUUAAUGACCAUGAUCGAAGAACGCGACAUGGACUACGGUAAAACAUUAGAUGAAAUGAGUCUAGAGUUGUGCAAAAAACAAGGCACUGUUGACAACGCUCCGCCAAAUGCACCCGAAGUUUACACAAUAAUUAACGAAAACACAAUCAGCCAAACACACACUGUAUUCAGUAACGCGAUAAAAAAUAAAUUAAAUAACGCAUCUUGGGCUCUGGGAAGACUGAAAGCCGAGCAGACGAUUAUCAACACGAGUGCCGUCGUCGAUGAUUCUCACCGCGAUAAAAUAAAAAAUAAGGAACGUUGUCUUUGUAAGCAACUGUCCUACACGAUAGGAGCGCUGGAGUACAUCGCGAAUGUUGCAAUCAGUCCAGGACCCAACACCGACAUGACCUUCAAAAAUCUCCACCAGCUCUACAGUAUUAUAAAUGCACUGACCAAGUAUUUCAUCAGCAAAUCUACGAGUCAAAAUCCUGCAUUUCAAGCUGUCAGGUUCAGCCAGAUUGUCGAACUAGCGGGUAAAGGGCUGAAAACAACUUUUUAUAAUUUGAUAACUUACAUGGAAGAGAAUCAGAACGCUGGUCGUAAAGCUGAUGGACAAGCGCUCAGAAAUAAAGUUCUAAAGGAGACUAAAUUUAUUCCUAAAGUUGUUUAUGAAGUUGAACAGUUUCAGAAAGAAAUUUUGGCGCUUAGUAAAAAGACUGGGAUACACUUGGAGUCGCACAUUAAACUAAGUAUUACCAGAGACUUCAGAAUAAAACAACCAGAACUUGUCGAAGGACUUGAAAGAUUAGACAUUACUCAAAUGAUGACGCAAAAUACACAACGUGAUCAGGCGUCACAGAGGCAUUUACCUCUCGAUGACUCGUCAGACCCCACCGAUAACGAGGACAGCGAAGUUACGGAUUACGAUCAACCAGCUAAGCGACCGAGACGUGAAUCUUCGUAG